CGCUGCUCUCAGCCCCAGAGAUGCCGCCCCUGUCGCAGUCCCGGUCCCUGCAGACACUCACUGCCGGACGCAACCCGUCCCCAUCACUGCUGUUAUCAGGCCUGGAUGCGGUCCCCCUGCCUCUGUCCAGAUCCCUUCAGAUGCUUUCCACCAGGCUCCCCUCCUCCUCACGAGAGGGGCCCAAGCAUCAGGUGCCAACUUGCUAUGCUGGAGGUGUCUGACAACAGAGGGAGACCUCUCCGUGCAGUGCCCCAGAGGAGCUCAUCCGUACAUGUCCCGAGCCGGAGGCCGACGGUGCCACUCAGUCGGCGGGCACACACUUGGCUGGUGGCAGUGUCAGCGGGGCGCUGGGCCAAUGUGCGGGGACUUUUCCUGGAGGAGCCAGAACUGGCCCUGCAGCGGGACUUCGUGUCGGGCUUCACGGUGCUGCACUGGCUGGCCAAGCACGGUGAUGGGCCAGGCCUGCAGGAGCUGGCCAAAGCAGCACGCCAGGCUGGGCUGGCAUUGGACGUGGACGCUCGAUCCGGCUGCGGGUACACUCCAUUGCACCUGGCUGCCAUACAUGGCCACACGCUCGUCAUCAAGGUGUUGGUGCUACAACUGGGCUGUCAGGUACAGGUGCGGGAUGGCAGCGGGCGCCGGCCCUGGGAAUACUUGGGCAGCAGCACCUCCGGGGAGAUCUGGCAGCUCCUGCAGGCACCCCGGGGCACGAUUAUGUUCCCCACGCAGCCCCUGGCCCGUAGUGUGUCCUCAGCUAGCAAGGCUCUGCCGCCUGCAGGCCGGGCACCGCUGGCUGCGUGCCUUAAGCCACAGCGCGGCCGCCGGGCAGCAUCCCACCAAGCUGGCAGUGAGAGCGACUGACGGACAGCAGCACGCACCCCCUGCACAGGAGACUGGAUCCAAGAGGAAGGCAGGUGGGCAGGAAACGCUGCAAACACAUCUGAACUUCUUGAGGAAUGUACUCUUAAAUUAUUGCAAUGAAACAUUGUCUGAGUCUC